CAUGCGUAUGCACUAGAACUUCUGUUUGACCAGUUGCAUGAAGGUGCUAAAGCCCUCGAUGUAGGAUCUGGAAGCGGAAUCCUCACUGCAUGUUUUGCACGGAUGGUUGGACAAAGUGGAAAAGUCAUAGGAAUUGAUCACAUUAAAGAACUAGUAGAUGACUCAAUAAAUAAUGUCAGAAAGGACGACCCCAUGCUUCUGUCCUCGGGGCGAGUACGACUGGUUGUGGGUGAUGGAAGAAUGGGAUAUGCUGAAGAAGCUCCUUAUGAUGCCAUUCAUGUAGGAGCUGCAGCCCCAGUUGUGCCCCAGGCACUAAUAGACCAGUUAAAGCCUGGUGGAAGAUUGAUAUUGCCAGUCGGUCCUGCAGGAGGAAACCAAAUGUUGGAGCAGUAUGAUAAGCUACAAGAUGGCAGUGUCAAAAUGAAGCCUCUGAUGGGGGUGAUAUACGUGCCUUUAACAGAUAAAGAAAAGCAGUGGUCCAGGUGGAAGUGAUUUUCUCUUCUGCUCUUUCUUCUUCCACACAUUCAAGGGAUGAACUGUAACGGCAACAUGAGCUUGACCAGUCUAUACCAUUGCAGUGGAUUGCUCAUCUCAGUCCUUAAAGCAUCUGAAAACCAACAGCAUCACAGCUUGUUUUGGACUUUGUUAAACUCUUAUUUUCAGCAUG